AUGCCUGUGACCUUAGAGGACGUCAGCGACGUCUUGCUACCGCGUCGAUACCAGGAGGAGAUCUUCUCGCGAGCCCAAGGCAGCAAUGUCAUAGCAGCCCUCGACACUGGAACAGGCAAGACAUAUAUCAGCACUCUGCUGAUAAAAUGGAUUGCCGCGAGGGACGCGGGACUGAGCAAGAUCAUCGUAUUUCUGGUGCCGAAGGUGGCCCUCGUUGAGCAGCAAGGGGAUUUCAUCGCAAAGCAGACACCAUUACGCGUCACCAAAUGCUGUGGUGCUACGGCUAUUGAUUUGACAGAUAGAGUCGGAUGGAAGAAGGAACUCGAGAGUACGGACGUUCUUGUUUUGACAGCACAAAUAUUCCUGAACAUCCUCACACACUCCCAUUGGAGCCUCGAGAAGGUCUCACUAAUGGUCUUCGAUGAAUGUCAUCAUACGCGGAAGAACCACGCAUACAAUGGCAUAAUGCGCGAGUAUUUCCAAUUACCGGUCGAAAAGCGGCCAAAAGUGUUCGGUAUGACGGCGUCGCCGAUCUGGAAUCCGAGGGAUGCAGUCGAGUCGCUCGCGACCUUGGAAAGGAAUCUUGACGCGAAAGUCAUCGCGGUCCGUCAGCACGUCGAUGAGCUCAUGGGCCAUGCACCGAAACCUGAGGAGUUGAUGCACGAAUACCCACCACCGCUCGAUAUCUACCCAGCAUACCCCAAUCAGACGCUAUGGGCUCGGUUGAACUUGGAAGGUCUUCCCCCAGAGAUAGACAUACCUGUCGAGAAGAUCAAGACGCGAUACGACGUGACGUACGCAAGCCUGGGCCCGUACGGUGCUGAGUUGUUCCUCUACAUGGACAUCAAGCAGCGGAUCGCGCAGAUGGUGCACCGCUCGAGUGCCUUUGAUAUCGACUACAUUUCGAUCAUGUACGACCCGGAAGGCGACAUAGCGAUGCAUACAUCGCUGCCGCCGAUGCAGCUUCCUCUCGAAGUGCAGGAGCUGCAAGAAGCGCUGAAUGAUCACAAGCAAUAUUUCGAGGAUGAGGAUGACCCUGAUUCGCUGCCCACGAUGGUGCAUCUGAAGUGGUGCUCACCGAAAGUCCGGGAGUUGAUCGAUAUCUUGUUCGCGCACUAUACGUCCACGUUCCAGGGCAUCGUGUUUGUGGAGCAGCGCCAUGUCGCCGCAUGUCUGGCGAAGAUGCUGUCCCGUGUCCCGCAGCUCAGCCAUCUCAUCCGAAGCAGGCAGCUGAUCGGACACGGGGCGGCAAGUCUUGCGAAAACACAGAUGAAAGGUAUGGUGCUGAGAACCCAGCAAGACAUUGUGAAAAUGUUUCGUGAACGAGAGAUUAAUCUCUUAAUCGCUACUUCUGUUGCUGAGGAAGGGCUGGACUUCCCGGCAUGCGAUCUCGUCAUUCGGUUCGAUCCAAUCCAACAUAUGGUUGGCUACCUUCAGUCUCGUGGAAGAGCUCGACAUCGGACUUCCAAGUUCGUCAUCAUGGUACAGCAAGGACAUGCAGCCCACAUGGAGCGCUAUCGAGCCUUCUCCGAGAUCGAGCCACAGCUCCGCGAGGUGUAUCAGGAGCGCGACGCCGAGAAGGAACCAGGAGAGAUAGACGAUGAGCCGGAUGACCCAGUCGACAUUGCCGAGCGAGAACGAUACGUCGUGCCCCACACCGGUGCUGUGCUGACCUAUAACAGCGCGAUCAGCCUCCUCAAUCACUUAUGUUCGCUUAUACCGCACGAUAAAUUCACGCCCGUACAUCUUCCCAAGUACUCCGGAGAUUUCACCUCCACGCUUCAGCUCCCUUCGAGUCUCCCAUUGCCACAAGAGGGCUUAAAUUAUGUCGGUCCUACGAAGCACUCAAAGAAAGAGGCGAAGCGGGCCGUUGCCUUCAUGGCUGUCAAACGACUGCACUUACUGAACGUCUUCGACGAUUAUCUCCUUCCGACACAGAGCAGGAAUAGCGAAAUGAAUGAAGACGGGGACGGAAGACCUAUACCAGACGCCAGCAAGGUCCCUGACAUGAUGCAGGUACAGGUUCGAGAUCCAUGGACGCGGGCACAAACACUGUAUUUGCACGUUGUGUACCUCGAUGGGCGCCGGACGGCUGGUCUGAUCACGGGCACGGUGCUGCCUAGCGUAGAGUUGGUAUGUCGCGGAACGUACGUCUCGACGAACGAAAUACAACGAGUCAGGUUUGAUUCAAGGGAGGAGUGGAGGCAGCGCAGAGUGUUGGAAGACUACAUGAGAAUGGGGCUCUGGUGGUCCGUCACCGGAAGAGGGAUUACUCUUCCGCUGACGUGCUACCUAGUUCCAAUCACUCAUACGCUGCAGAUUGACUGGGAUGCCAUUGAACGGGCGGUCAUUAAUCCGUACGGCAUAUCUGAUUGGUCGAGCAUCAACGAGGAGGACUAUUUCCAUACGUUGGUUAUGUGUGUCAAGGAACCGGGUCGUCCACUGCUUCUUCGCACAAUCCGCACUGACAUCACGCCACAAUCGGUUCCUCCCGAGGGCUCCAGGGAAGGUGGUUUCCCCACAUACAGGGAUUAUUGGCUGCACAGGUUUACUCGAAAAGGCAUUCUCCCUGAGAUCCCUGAAGAUGGGCCAUGCCUGGAAGCGCAGCUUUGGCUCAGGCACACGUCCUGCUCCUACUCUUUGGACAACGGAGCCGAUGACCAGUUGUCGCAGUCCACAGUUCCUUUGGCUAUGCUAUAUCCUCUUUCGCUGUGCCGCCGCGCGGAGAUCUCGGAGGACAUUUACUUCACAUUCCAUGUUCUGCCUGAGCUGUGUCAUCGAAUCACAGACGUGUACCGUGCUCGUGCGGCUCGAGCAGAACUGUGUCUUCCACCAAUUGCUGACGACCUCCUCAUUCAAGCCCUCACAUUGCCGAGCACACAUGCAACCUUCAACAACCAACGCCUGGAGACCCUCGGAGACUCUGUACUCAAACUCGCUAAUGUCGUCCAUCUCUACAACAAGUAUCCCCAUAGGCAUGAAGGUCAAUUGGACACGCUCCGCCGCAGCUCGGUCUCUAACCGGACGCUUCUUUCCCGGGCGAAAGAACAUACGCUGGAAAGGUAUCUCACAAGCGAGCCACAGAGCGUACGAACGUGGAGAUAUACUAUGCCUCCCGAUCUUGAUCCCUGGACAUUAACACCGCACAGAUCUGCUCUUAGAUCGUUCCCUCGCCGCAGCUUGCAAGAUUGCAUGGAAGCAAUCUUGGGAGCAAGCUAUUCCACCGGAGGGAUGAACAUGGCUCUGCGAGCAGGAACUGCGCUAGGUCUUAGCUUUGGAGGACCCCUGUCAUGGAACGCUCGAUAUUUAAACUCCCUCCCCGAGGAGCCUGUAUCUAAACUCUUCACGGGAUUGCAAGAAGCUCUCGGCUACCAAUUUCGUUGUGGCACCCUGCUGCUUGAGGCCGCGACCCAUCCCUCGUUCGGAUCCAAUGAGACGUCGUCUUACCAGCGGCUGGAGUUCCUCGGCGACGCACUGCUCGAUCUGGUUGUGAUCAAAUACCUAUAUGAUAAAUUCCCUAAGGCCAAUUCUGGCCAGCUAUCUUGGGCUCGUUCGCGUGCGGUGUGCGGACCAACGCAGGCCUCGAUCGCAGUCAGACGUCUCGGAUUGCACAAGUUGCUUUUGGUCAACAACGUGGAGCUGAGCGUUGCCAUUAGCCGAUACGUGCCUGCUCUGGAGGGACUGACAAGCAAGGAGGUUGUACGCAACGCUUGGAAGCACGACCCUCCCAAGGCCAUCUGUGACGUUUUCGAGAGCGUCAUGGGCGCUGUGUUGGUUGAUUCUAACUACAACCUCGAACUUGCCAUUAGCGUCGCGGAAAACAUUAUGUCAGACCUGCUUGAGGUCCUGACGCCAGAUUUACCCAGAGAUCCCAUAUCUGAGUUGAUGGUGUGGGUCGCGAGAGCAGGAUGCAAAAAGAUUCGCUUCCGAAAACAUCAGAGCCGGCCAGAGACGAAGAAGAACGAUGGUAUCAGUAUUCUGAUGCAUGAGCAAACUGUAGUCGGCCCUGUCAUCGCACAUAACCUCUCCCUCGCAAAGGGUCUCGCGUCCGAACGCGCACGUGUCGUCCUCGCAGACCCCAACUCACCAUAUUGCCUAUCCAAGAUUUGUGAUUGUGGAAAAGAAGACUCGACAACACAAGCAACUGACGAGAGUGACAGCAGCGAGCUCGACGACGAGACUACGCAGGGCUUCGCGAUGCUCGCCCACAUUGUCAAGGAGGAGCUGGAAGGCUCGAGCGAAUAUCAGCAGGCUAUAGAUGAAGACACAUCCAGCCAAAGCGAGGACGACAUGCUGGAGGAGCUAGAGGUGGAGGAUAUGAUGCAAGUUGAUGACAUUUCCUUACUUUCCCUGGAUGCUAUGGAUGACAGUCAGCAUCACGCCGAGUAUGUGUUGGACCCAAGUGUUGCACCAGUGACAGCCAGCCAUUCCCCUCCCACGAUUGACUGA